ACGUGAAGGUUCUAUGAAUGAUAAAUGUUCUUUAUGGAACCAUGGAGUCACGAGGAAAUGAUAUGCUUAGACUUUUGGAUACGCACUGAAGACUUGCAUGGCGGUAUACGCGUAUAAAGUCCAACCAACCAGCGCGUGCGGUGUCUCUCAUUGCGCGCGUGGCAGGGCGGGAACCGAGAGAGAGCGCGAGAGAAGAGACAAGGGACAAGCCACAAGCCAACAGUCGGUAUAUUUAUGUCAGAAAAAACCUUAUUGGCUGCCAUACAACAUUAAAUGCUCGUUUAAGCGGAUUUUUGCCCAUCCACAACUUUUCGUCACAUUUCAAAACGCCAAAUUACUUAACGGCUUGAGAACCCGACAGUCGCGCGGAUCGUGUCUGUCAAAUUGGAAGCAGCGUUUGCCCCACUGUUGCCCAUCCACUUACAAUUAAGGAGACGAGUUGUCAUGGAAACUGUUCUGGUCUUCCUUUUUUCCCUCCUAGUCUAUGUGGCGGCUUCAUCUGACUCUGCUGCCCAAGAUGGAAAGGAGAAGGAAGUGGAUCCCUUUGCAUACGACUACGAGAGUUUGAGGAUCUGCGGUUUGGCGUUUGCUGUGGUGCUGUUCGCUCUCGGAAUGCUCCUUAUUCUCAGCCGCAGAUGCCGAUGCAGUCUCAAACAGAAGCCCAGGGCUCCAGGAGAUGAAGAAGCUCAAGCAGAGAACAUCAUUGUCUCCAAGGACAAGGAGACUCCUAAAGCAGAGAACUGAAACAUACCAGUAUUGUUGAACACAUAGCCGUGGCUGAACGACUUCACUGAUGCUGAGGAUGGUAAUGAUGAUGAUGAAGCUGAUUCCAGACCAUGGCUAUGAAAGGAGAGAGAGGAGACAGGGAUUUGUGGGGGAGGAGACUAUAUCUCGGAUUUUUAAUGGGCCAGUGUCUUGUAUGUAGACCUCUAGUCCUGUCACGUGAACAGUAACUGUAUCCGUCUUUCCGUCCGUGCCCUUUUGCAACAGUCCCGUCUCGAGUGAGUUGUUUUAGCAAAACUAGCCACUUUCUGCAGAUUAUUCUUAACGUUUCUGGUUCCUCCCCAACUGAACUUGUGCGUGUGGAUUAAAGGAACAGUUCACCCAAAAAUUUCAUCCCAAACCUGUAUGCAGUUAUAUUUUUUACGUUGAACACAAAAGGAAACAAACGAUUGUCUAUGUAGCACUUGUUAUAUAAUGACUAAAUCUUCAAAAAAGGACCAAAAAAAAAAAAAAAACACUAUAGUUUAAAUUUUUGGAUGAACUGCCUCUUUAAUCAUUUUGUUAUUGGUGGUGUGACCACUUGUUAUUGUCAUUUGUGUCCCACCUGCUGUGUUUUUUGUUUUUCUUGUAGAUUGUAUAGAUUAUAAGCAGACAUAUUUAAAUACACUUAAGUAUUCAAUAUAAGUAUUGAUUCACAUCUGAUGCAGAAUAUAUAUUUGAAUAUACAGCGUGUGCAUGUGUGUUUGCCAUUGGAUAGAUACUGUAUAGAGCCUCCGACAAUCUUCCCAUCAUUCUACACGUAUCAAGCACAAAAACAAAACAGUAAAAGCACUGUACCACAAGGGGCGCCGUUUCGCCGUCCUCUGAUCAGCUGCAACACUGCCGGGCUCAGCGCCCUCAUUCGGACCCACAGUCUAAACCUCGAGAACGAGACCGCAGGAGAAGAUCCCUUCACCAUAGUGCCGCUAACCUGUGUCUUUUAGCUUUUCAUCACACUUCGUCUGUAGCUUAUGCAUUCUCUUUCUUAAAGGGAUAGUGCAGACAAAAAAAAAA